UUCCCCUAAAUAAACCCCCAAAUUGCGAGAGCAAACCACCGAGUCCGCCGCCGCCGCCGCCCACCUUUUUUCCUCUCCCAAACCCUAGCUAGUCUCCGGCGAUGGCCCCCAAGCGCGCCGCGAAGAAGGCGGCACCCCCGCCUCCGCCUCCACCUCCGGCUGCCUCCUCCGAGGAGACCGACUCCCGCUCGCGCUCCGAGGAGUCGGACGAAGACGCCGAGUCCCCUCCCCCUGCCCCCACCCCGGCCCCCAAGAGCACGCCGGCGCCCCCGCAGGAAGGCGAGGAGGAGGAGGAGUCUGAAGAGGAAGAGGAGGAGGAGGAGUCUGAUGAGGAGCCCGCCCACGCGUCCCCGGCCGCCGCCGCCACCCCCAAGAACAAGCCUCCUCCGCCGCAACAGGGAGGUGACUCCGAUUCUUCCGACGAGGAGGAGGAAGAGGAGGAGGAGGAGGAGGUGCCCACCAAGGCGGCCCCUCUCUCCGCCCUGAAGAAACAACCCCCGCCCCCACCGCCGCGGCAGAGCGAGGAAUCGGACGCCUCCGACGAGGAAGAAGAGGAGGGUGAGUCCGAGGAGGAGGCGCCGCCGCCGCCGCCGAAGCUUGCUCCAAAGCAGGCGCCAGAGGGCCGGAAGCCCCAGGCAGCGGCCGAGACCAAGAAGCCGGCCGCUUUCAGCCGCAUCUGGUCCACCGACGACGAGGUGCGUAUCCUCGAGGCCCUCGCGGCUCACCAAAAGCAGCACGGCACGCUGCCGCAGCCCGACGCCCUCGUCGACGCCCUUGCAGGAAAGCUCGACAACCGUGCCUACGGCAGCAAGGAGCUCCAGGGGAAGGUCGCAGCCCUGAGGCGUCGGUACCUCCUUCUCAGCAAGAAGGGCGAGCUCCCGAGCAAGGAGCAUGACCGCCGGGUGCUGGAACUUUCCAAGAUGGUCUGGGAAGGUGGCGACAUGGCCAGCGCCGCAACUGCCUCUGCGAAGGUGGCAAAUGGCCAGGAGCCAAAGGGGUUCGAGGAGAUGUGUGAGAUGUAUCCGUACCUGGCGGAGCAGGUGAGGCAGCUGGAUGCGGCGAACCCGGGCAUGUUCAAGAGGCAGUUCGGGAUGAUGGAUGAGGAGAAGGCGCGCGCCAUGGACGAGAAGAUCAAGAAGCAGAGGGUGGCGCAGAUGAAGGUGGAGCUGCGCCGCCACGACCUGGUAAGGGAGGUGACCAAGGCCAUCAUCGAUCUGGUCGACUGAUGGGAGCGUCAUGAGCUUACCUGAAAUUGUACCGGUGAUCACAAUGUGGCGAUUUGGUGGAGCAAGAAGGUUUCUGAAAUUAUGAGCUAUAAUCUGCAAAUUUUGGUGUCUCAGAUGGUCUUAAGCAUGAAACCUAUGCUGGAACUGCAAAUUGUGCCUGGUGUUGUAAGAAUGCUUUUUUCCUGUGACCAGAGCAUGCUAGAAUUAGCAAAUUAGGGGUGUCUUUAUGGUGUAAGCAUGAUGAGACAUGUGCUGGAACUGCAAAUCGUGCUGGUGGAUUAAGAAUGUCUUCUUGUGUGGCCAGAGAAGUAAGUACGUAUGCUAGAACUGGCAAACUGUAGCGUGCUGUUGGGUGCGCGAAUCUUUCUUGCAACUGGUUCCAUCGAUUGUGUGAGGUUACGAAUGAAAUGGUUUGCUGAA